AGUAGUUUAGCAAACUAGUAGGAGCCGUUUAGGAGGAGCAGCUAUCUGAAAUUUUGGACUAUUUCAGGAGUUUUUGUGUUGGUGACCAGAGAUUAGACAAUCAUGGAGGUGUUUCCCAUCCAGGCAGAUACAUACAAGAUAGGGUUUAUCGGAGCAGGAAAAAUGGCGGAGAGUAUUGCCAGGGGAGUGGUCCGAUCUGGCGUCUUGCCCGCUUCUCGUAUCUCUACAUCUCACUCCAAAACUGAUCGACGCCAAGUCUUUGAGUCCUUUGGAGUCAAAGUUCUCCCUAAGAACGACGACGUUGUUGAAGAGAGCGAUGUGGUUAUUUUCUCAGUGAAGCCUCAAGUUGUUAAAGAUGUGGUCUUGCAAUUGAAGCCACUUCUUUCCAAGAAGAAGCUUCUAGUUUCAGUUGCUGCAGGAGUCAAAUUGAAAGACUUGCAGGAAUGGGCGGGUCAAAGCCGAUUUAUCAGAGUAAUGCCAAAUACUCCUGCUGCUGUUGGCGAGGCUGCGUCAGUGAUGAGCCUGGGGGGAGCUGCAACUGAAGAAGAUGGCAAUCUGAUAGCCAAUUUAUUUGGAUCCAUUGGGAAAAUAUGGAAAGCUGAUGAAAAAUUGUUUGAUGCUGUUACUGGCUUAAGUGGUAGUGGCCCUGCAUACGUAUUUUUGGCCAUUGAAGCUUUGGCAGAUGGGGGAGUUGCUGCAGGGUUACCGCGAGACUUAGCUUUGGGCCUGGCUUCUCAAACAGUUCUUGGAGCAGCAUCUAUGGCCACAAAAUCUGGAAAGCAUCCUGGCCAGCUUAAAGAUGACGUUGCAUCACCUGGUGGGACUACUAUUACUGGUGUUCACGAGUUGGAGAAGGGUGGACUCCGUGGCCUGUUCAUGAACGCUGUUGUUGCUGCUGCAAAGCGCAGCCGCGAACUGUCUUAGAGUUUUCUUCUACUCAUGAAAUCAUCAACCCAUGCUUCUGACUCGGGCAAUCAGUUUCAGAUAUGCUCUUCUAGAUUAGUAGUAAGCUUCUAGAGUAGUCGGUGAAGACACUUUUCAUUUUAUUUUCGAUAUUUCGACAGGAUUUUCUCUUCCUUUGACAAUAAAGAAAUUUUCAAAUUUAUAAUAUAUAUGAUUAUGCAGCAGCAAAUUAAAUUAAAAA